AUGGCAUGCACUGUCACAACAUGUCAAGCCAUUUUCCAUGGAAAAUGUCUAAACGCAGACGAGAGUGAGUUUGAAGCACUGAGGGCAUUACGAAAAAAUUGGGUAUGCCCGAAAUGUGAAAAGGCUCGGAAAAAUAUCCAACCGACAGACAAGUGUCUCAGCCCGCCAAGAUCGGCGCCACAACAACAAACUGUCGACAGCACGUCACAACUGUUACUUGCUGCCAUUAAAAAUCUAACAGAAGAGGUCAAGGGAUUAAAAUUCUCCCUCGAUGCCAAUGCUAACGAGCUUCCACAAGAAGCCUUCAUCAGGUGUCUCAAUUUCAACUGCUCUUCAGUCAUAAAUGUUCAAGAAGCACCUGAUAUCUUGUAUCAAUGCAUCUACCCAUCACAAUCUGGAAGUCUGAUUUUUGUUGUGAUUAUGAUGCAUCAUAAUGGCUGGAAAAGCAGUGCUCACAUGCAGACCCAACUCCCACCUCUUCCAAAAGAAAUAACAUUGCCCUUACGUGGUGGCCUCAAGCUCUUCAAAAUACUCCAAACUUCUCUCACUCGAUCGAAGCCGAGUUCCAUCUAUUUUCUGGCAGUAUCUCUCCCAGGAGUUGUUCUUCUCCUUUACAACUUCCUCCUUUACACGUUUGUUAAGAGCUCUGUAGGCAAUCCAGUCCUGAGUUGUCCCUCUCCUAGGUGUCCCCGCUGUGAUGAGGGGAGUGGUUGUGCAUAUUUAAAAGCGGUACACACUCGCCUCGUUACAGUCACCGUCUUAGAGCUCUCUAGAGUAUUUUUGAGGAUGGCCACACAACUGACCACCCUUCCCCACUACUAUCCGCAAGUCUACUAUCCGCCACCUGUGGUCCCGCCUGGUCCCCUGAGCUUAGAUUCCCCCACAUAA